AGAGUGCGGAUAAGAAGAAGGGGGGGCUCUUGAAGAGGGACAAAAGAUUUAUGAACUGAUAGGUGGUCGAGCUUUGUUUGGCUGGACCGUUGCGCGCAAUAAAUCGAAGGGUUUUCGUGUUUCCUCCACUUGAGGGAUUAUUCAGGCGCUCGAUGGCCACCCGGCGCGCCACACAGCACCACUUAGCGCCGCUGUGACACCCAGUGGAGCUCCGAGCCCUGGACAGCGAGUCUCCAGUGGAUAACCAGCUCCCCCCACUCUCCCUUCCUCUUCCUCUCUCUGUCAGUGCGUGCGUUCUGCAUGCGUCAAGGGAGCACCGUGCGUAACGGGGGAGAGUCGUGCGUAACUGGAGACAGAUUUCACUCCAUUUUGCUCUGGGAUUCUCAGGACCACUGGCGGUGUAACGCUCUCACGCAGGGACACUGACCGCUGGAUUUCGUUAUAUUUUCCUCUUUUCAAACAUCCCUCGCUCUACUAUACGCCAGUCGCACGUCAGAGCUGACAUGACGACCGAGACCCCUCAGCAGCAGCUGGACCCUCCGCCUCCUCUGAGAUCCAGCCCGGCGUCCGGAGUCCUGCACCCGGACAUGCUGAGCCCACAAGCCGCCACAGAUAGUUCUUCCAGCAUUAAAGGAAAGAAGACGACCUCCGGUUUAAGGCGACCGGAGAAGCCGCCGUACUCCUACAUCGCUCUCAUCGUUAUGGCAAUACAGAGCUCCCCCACCAAGAGACUGACACUCAGUGAGAUCUACCAGUUCCUGCAGGCUCGCUUCCCAUUCUUCAGGGGCUCAUAUCAGGGCUGGAAGAACUCGGUGCGGCAUAAUCUGUCCCUGAACGAGUGCUUCAUCAAGCUGCCCAAAGGGCUGGGCAGGCCGGGGAAGGGCCACUACUGGACCAUCGACCCAGGCAGCGAGUUCAUGUUCGAGGAGGGCUCGUUUCGACGCAGACCCCGAGGCUUCAGAAGAAAAUGUCAGGCUCUGAAGCCCAUGUAUCGGAUGAUGAACGGAAUUGGCUUCGGAACCUCCAUCCUCCCGCAGAGUUUUGACUUUCAAGCUCCGUCCGCCUCUCUCGCCUGUCACAGCAACGGCUACAACUUGGACAUGAUGAGCAAUUCAAUGGCCGGGGGGUACGACGGGCUGAGCAGCGGCCACCACGUACCCCACAUGUCCCCCAGCCCCGGAUCCACGUACAUGGCGAGCUGUCCCGUGCCGUCUAACGGAGAGUACGGACAGGACAGCAGCAGCAGCCCCGUGCCUUCCUCUCCGGCCAUGGCCAGCGCGCUGGACGGACACUCCCCGUACGCCAAUUCCUCCGCACACUGGGCGUCCUCCGGCGGGUCUCCCUACAUCAAACAGCAGCCUCUCAGCUCCAACAGCCCCGCAUCGUCCGGUUUACACUCCGGCAUGUCGCCUUACUCCCUGGAGCAGAGCUACCUUCACCAGAACGGCAGGGACAGCCACAGCAGCGACAUAUCAGUGGGGAUCCCGCGCUAUCAGAGCCACUCCUCUGUGUGCGACAGGAAAGAUUUUGUGUUAAACUUUAACGGCAUCUCCUCCUUCCACCCUUCUGCUGGAGGAUCCUAUUACCACCAUCACCACCACCACCACCCCCAGAGCGUCUGUCAGGACAUCAAGCCCUGCGUGAUGUAAGCUCUCCUGCAAGAGGACUUUUUUUUUCCAUUUGUUCUUAUUUUUUGGACAUACGGAGGAUGUAUCGUGCAUGGCGUCCGCACUCACACUUUGCGUGCAGCCAAAGUAGCUUUCUUGGUUGGACUUGAGAAAACUAUGCAAUUGAAGGAAAUGAAUGAAGAAACCCACAGUGGCCUUUAAAAAUAAAAAAAAUAAAAUGAUAAACCACUCUGCCAAUAUGAACCCUGACAAGCGCUUUCUUCUUCAAAAGAAGCUUCAGAAACUUUUUUAAUGUGUUUGCUCUUGUACCACGUGCAAACUUUAUAUUCUAUGUAACUAUGUUCUAUUAGAGUACACACACGACGCUUUAGGCUAACAUUAACUGCAAACAAGCCUUGCACUUAUUGUAUAACCCUUUGCCAACUUUCUGUCCUGUAAAAGGUUUCAAUAAAGCUGAUAUAUUUUAGGCUACAUUGUCUUUCCAUGAACAUUCAUGUAGAGGAGGUGUUUAUACUUUGCAUUAAGGGAACUUAUAAUUGAGCUUGCAUAAGGCACAAACUUUUAAUUCCAUAUUACAUAUUGCUUUCUCGCUGUAUAUUUGCACUUCAACAGAGUAUGUCCAUGUUCUGCUGCUGUAUGCAGUUUAUUUGUGAAGAUAAUUUGGAUAAUAAUGUUUCAAAUCUGAGAUCAUUUAUAAUAUUUUAAGCAUGACAAAAGCAAAAUAGUAGAGCAGCUAUCAUUAAAUCAUAAUACUAUCAAAAAUAGCAGGGAAUUCUGCAUAAAAGAGUACUUUAUUGCUGUGAAUACUUAUGUACUUAAAUAACGAUAAUGCAGGCCUUUAUUUAUAUUUACAAGUUAUGCAGUAUUUUAUAUUAUGGUAUUAGAAUUUUAACUAACUUAAUUAUCAGAUUAGUUAUCACACCUCUCAGGUUUUGAAUUAGUAUUAUCCGUUAAAAUUACUAACAUUUAAAAACAAGGUCCCCAAAGCAUGUUAAAAUAAUGUGCAACAU